CCGGUGUCAGGACGUGUUAUAAGUACUUUUUGUGGACGGUGGCAUGCCGUGACCAUCGGUGUGUUGAGCCACUCCAUGCGGUUGUUUACCCUAUUUGUACGACUUGGAAUUACCGAAGGUUGGUCGAUGUUCCUUGAUAGUUUCCCCGAGGAAUCCAGUGACAUCAGACAGCUCAUUCCUUGUAAGCAUCGAAGGGAUGCUUUUGUCAUAUGUUGUGCAACAACAAACUUGUUACCCAAGUGCUUCAAGACACAAAAAGGAACCAAGAUGGAAGGAGAACUUGAAACCCAAUUGAUAGCAGGCACUUCAGCCGAGAUAGUACAGGUGUUUUGUGGCAAGAUCAUGGGUAUAAAAUGGAGUGGUGCUUAGCAGAAGCAACCAAUCAACUGAGAUGGGAGAAAAGUUUCACUGAUCAGCCCGGAAGAAACUAGCGAAGGCUCUCAGGACUGUCACCAUGGCGUCCCUCAGACGAUUCGUACCAUUUGUACUACCUCUCUGGAUUGGCUUCUUUCUGAUCGCUGCCUCGACCCAAGUGAAUGCCCAGGGUUAUGGAGGAGGAAACCCUGCACCUGCCAACACCGCCACCACCUUGGGAUAUAAUGAUACAAUGUAUAACGAGAGCGUAGUGUUACCAGAAUCUGCAUUCGAAGGAGUAUGGGUACUAACACCUGCGCCGGUAAAUGUCGUCGUACUCGUUCCCUCUGCACGUGUCGGCAGGAGAAGGCACGGUGUGGUCAUCAUUAUCAUCAACACUGGAAACGAGUACACAGGGUGUUGCUUGCAAGGUUGGAGGUACAAGCACGGCUGCCUUAUCAGUGUCCUCGAAUUAUUUUUCAUCUGUCGAGACGGAACAUGGAUCCACAUAACCUUGGAGACUCAAGUGAGGAUGAUAGUUGAUGGAAAGUUGCUGUUAGGAAAAAUCGAAGAAAACGCGUCAUCAGUAUCUCCAACAGUCCCAUUAAUAUCGGGAUAGACAAUUUAUUGAAAUGGUCAGAUGUUAGCAUUGAUAAUAUGCAACAUAAUGCGGUAAUUGUGGAUGUUGUGGGUCAGAAUUAAAUAUGGAAUAUAUCUCGGCAAAAUUGCUUUCUUCUAUCUCGAGUAAGUUUAUAAAAUCGUGUCUACACUAACAUCAUUUGAAAUCUACAUUAUUUAUGAUCUGAAAAAUAACUAGCGCUGUAAAUGUCUAAGAAGUUACUUUAUUGUUUUUCACCAUAAUCACCAUCCAUACUUCACUAUAGUAUAGUGGUAUAAUACACCAUAUAUUUAUUAAUAAUGUCACUUUUUCUAAGGGCAAAGGUAAACUACACUAAUAUUAGGAUGAAUUUCUGACUAGGAAUUUUAUUUGGCUUCUAUUGUAUUCUUAUUGGUAUUAGGAUGAAUAAAAAAAGAUUAUUGGCAAAAGUAUGUUUUAUUUUGAGUGCCCUACUAAAAAUGUUACACAUAUGGAUUUCUGUAGCAUCUGAACUGAAACACUAAAAAAACACAGUUUUUAGUGUUCCCAAAUUUUUGUUUUGGUGAUAGUGGAAUCUUAACUUUCAGGAAAUACUUAAAGAGAUUAGGCAUCCUGCUCACUAAAUAACAUAAAACUUAUUAGGUGAUGUUAAAUAAUGUAUAGUGGGAUUUUGCAUUAGUAAAAAUUACAUUACCUUAGAUACCUACUUCAGUACCAAAGGUUAGAUGUUCCCCAAUUCUGAUUCACCAUCUUCGUACUUAUAUCUACAAAAGACUUAUUUUGCCAUGCAAUUGUAACAGCCAAAAAUA